AUGGUCGGUCCCGAUCUUGGCAGUGAUGAUUCGCCGCGAUCGUCGGUGAAUUCGCAUGAAUGGGCUGCACUGCUGGAGGAUGACGCCGCAAAGUCACACGAUUGCUAUGAAAAACUGCAAGUGUACGUGGACAAGGCUGUACAGGCUCGAAUGAUGGUGGACGAAUCUUCGAUGUCUGCGGAGCACAAGCGCAUUGCGAUGGCACAGAUGGAGAAAAUGACCCAGAAGAUUGUGGAAAAGUUAAUACCGGGAGCAAGGUCACCCAGUUCAAUCGAUGAUGCCAAUGGUAAUGAUUACACACCCAUCAAAAGUCCACAUAUCUACAGCACUGUUAAGACUAGCUUUCGUCAGUAG